AUGGCGAUCAACUCCAAGAUGAAUCCUCUUCUUCUUCUUCUUUCCUUUCUUGUCCCCAUCUCCCAAUUAUCAGCUCUUCCAUUCACCCAACACAUUAAUAAUGUGUUGGAUUUGGGAGCCAACCCUGACGGCCACACAGAUUCCACCGCCGCCUUCUCCGCUGCAUGGGCGGCGGCCUGCGCCUCCGCCCUGCCGGCUUCCGUCUACGUGCCCCCGGGAAGGUAUUUGCUUCCCAAAGCCAUGAAGUUCGCUGGGAAAUGCAAGAACAGUGCCGUUACUAUCCGCAUCGACGGCACCCUCCUGGCUCCCUCCGACUACAAUGUCAUCGGAAGCGCCGGUAACUGGCUUCUGUUCGACGACGUCACUGGAGUUUCCAUUCUCGGCGGAGUCCUUGACGGGCAAGGGGCUGGCCUUUGGGCCUGCAAGGCCUCCGGCAAGUCGACAUGCCCCAGUGGAGCCACGACAUUAGGCUUCACGAACUCGAACAACAUCUUGAUCAGUGGGUUGGGAUCAGUAAACAGCCAGAUGUUUCACAUUGUGAUAAACGGGUGCCGCGGGGUGCAGCUGCAAGGAGUGAAGGUUUCAGCCUCCGGAAACAGCCCGAACACCGACGGCAUUCACGUGCAGUCAUCGUCGGACGUCGCCAUCCUCAACUCCAAUGUCGCAACCGGGGAUGACUGCGUCUCCGUUGGGGCGGGAACGGCCAACUUGUGGAUCGAGAACAUGGCUUGCGGCCCCGGCCAUGGCAUUAGCAUUGGGAGCUUGGGGAAGGAAUUGCAAGAGCCUGGGGUCCAGAAUGUGACAGUUAAAAGUGUGAGCUUUAGGGGCGCUGAGAAUGGGGUGAGAAUAAAGACUUGGGGCAGGCCCAGCAAUGGGUUUGUUAAGGGAGUCCUCUUCCAGCAUGCCCUUAUGGUGAAUGUCCAGAACCCCAUCAUAAUUGACCAAAAGUACUGCCCCGACAACAAAGGCUGCCCCGACCAGGUGUCGGGUGUGAAGAUAAGCGACGUGACGUACGAUGACAUCCACGGAACGUCGGCGACGGAGGUUGCAGUGAGAUUGGAGUGCAGCAAAGCGCAGCCAUGCAGCGGGAUAGUGUUGCAGGAUGUGAAGCUGACUUACAAGAAUGAAGAAGCUGAAGCAUCCUGUGCUAAUGCUGCAGGAACAGCUUCUGGGUUUGUUCAGCCCUCUAGCUGCUUCUAGAUGCAUCAUAUGCAUGCAUGCAUGUAUGUAUGUACCCCAAUAUAUAUCUACCUAAACAUUUGGCUGCCCUUAGUAUAUUAAUUUCAAGCUUAAUUAAUUAAUUAGUAAUCAAUCCACUUACUUAUAUACAUUUAUUUUGUACCAA